ACCAUACUAUCUACACCGCCACUUGGCUGUUGGGUCGGCCCGUUCGUAAAGUGAAAGCUUGGUGGCAGGACCGGAACAUAUACAUUAUUACCCCCCAAACAUUGUGUUAGAUAUCCCCUGCACACCAAUUUCAAACAUGGCGGCCGUUUCUCAGCAAUCAAUCAAUAUCCGCAAGGCAACUUCUGAGGACGUUCCUACAGUCUCCAAACUUGGAGCACAUAUUUUCAGCAUUACCUUCGGCCACUCCGUUCCAGCAAACGAGCUUCAAUCGUUCCUAGAAGAUUCCUACAGCAUAUCAGCAACUGAAAAUGACCUCAAAGAUCCGAUGAAGGAUAUUGUCGUUGCAUCAGACCAGGACGGCACGAUUCUCGGUUUCGCCCUCUUAACUCGUGGCAGUUCUGAGCCAUGCAUUUCCCACCUUGAGAGCACGAUAGAGCUCCAAAGGAUAUAUGUUGAUCCCGAUCACCAUGGGAAGGGAGUUGGGAGGUUGCUUGCCAACAAGUUAGAAGAUAUGGCGAGGGAUGAGGGAUUUAAGCAUAUUUGGCUUGGAGUCUGGGAGGAGAAUCACAACGCUCAAGGGGUGUAUAAGAAGUUAGGGUAUAGGAGGGUGGGCCACCAUGACUUUACUAUUGGGGAGAUCGUUCAGACGGAUGAUAUCAUGACAAAGGAGCUAUAAGGCGGUUUCUAGAAUUAUUUUGUUAGAGUGCUCGACCAUUGCGGCGAAGAAGGGUGCAGGAGGGUAGAUUAGAACGCAGGUCAACUCAUUUCGGGGAGGGAGCUGCAAUUUAUAUAACUCAAAACCGGCGGCGCCAUGCGGACAUUCAUUCAAGUUACAUAUUUGUUAUAAAACAGUUUUCUUUUUUUUAUUGCGU